AUGUCCUACGCGGAUGAUAUUGUGGUAAUAUCAAAGAGUAUUGAAGAAACCAAAAGUCUACUCUAUCUAAUAGAGACCGUAAGCCAUAGAGUAGGACUUGGGAUAAACUUCAACAAAACUGUUAUCCUCCCCUCCCCAAAUGCGCCAUCGAUCCAAAAUCUUACAGUGGGAAAGAACGUAGUAAAAAUCGUGGAGAAAAUAAAGUACUUGAGAGUAAUUUUAGAUAAUAAAGGAAGUUGCAAAGAAGAGAUGCGGAUGAGAAUACAAAAAGCUAGAGGAGCGAUUCAUAAAUAUAUGAAAAUAUGGAAAGCUAGAGAAAUCUCGGUAUUUACUAGAUUGAGGAUAUUUAAUUCGAUGAUAGUUCCUAUCGUAUUAUAUGGAGGCGAUAUUUGGGAGGCUAAUAAAACAGAAAUAAGGCGUCUACAAUCAUUUAUUAAUAAUUGUCUACGUACAAUAAACGGCAUUUUUUAUCCCAGAGUUAUAUCAAACUCUGAUCUUUGGAAAAAGUCAAUUCACACGCCAAUAAAUUUCACUCUAAAAAAACGCCGGAUCCAGUUCUUAGCCCACAUAAUAAGUAACUCCGAUAACAAUUUAGCUCACGAUUCCACAGCAUGGCUAUACACAUAUAAAGGAAAACAAUAUAGAGAAUACAAAUCCUUAUGGUAUUAUAAAACAAUAAGAUAUAAUGGAUCUAAAUGUUAA